GGCCGUUAUGGCUUCCCAUACUGUACACUAGUGAGAGAUAUGCAGGUACUACAAUGGCUAUGAUUUCCGUGCGUUCUGGACUAGGUCUGUGGUGUAUCAUCCUGUCAGCAGUGACCACGGUUGAGGGGGCGUGUCCGGAGGGGUUUUUCCCGCAUGGUGACUCUUGUUACUUCUUCUCCUCCAGCAUGGAAGCUGACUGGAUCGAGGCCGGGUUUUUCUGUAACCGAUUUAAUGGGGGAGACUUAGUUGCCGUCGAAUCGCAUUCAGAAAACGAGUUUCUGUAUCAAAUAUUACAUUUUAUGCGUUCAGAUAAGAGUUUUUGGAUGGGCGGGACGGACGAGUUUGUUGAAGGUCACUGGAUUUGGAUCUCUACGAUGGACAAAAUGACCUUCACCGACUGGGGUCAAGGUUAUCACGACGGCCACGGUUCUCACGAGGACUGUCUCCAGAUCCAGGCGGGGGGUCGGUGGAAGGACGCCGUGUGCUCAGUCAGGUCCAACUUCAUCUGCGAGGUCCCUGCGCUAGGUGGGCCCGAUAUCGUUGGAUGAUGUACAUGAUGAUGUUGUUUACAUAUUGUUUAUGUGACUCUGUACUUGUUUCCGAAUAUAUCUAUAAAGUUA